AUGGCCACUCCAAGCUCCGCUGGACUGCCAGAGUCCAGAGUCCUCAUUAUCGGCACUGGAGGCACGAUAUGCAUGCAGCAAGGCCCUGAUGGUCUCCAGCCCAGCGGUGACUUCUUAGAGUCCGCCAUGGCGCCAAGACCGACCUUCAACGACAUGUCUACCCCACGAGUCACCUUACCAGCAGUGCACAAGGGCAAGCAAAUCUCAAUCCCCAGCCUGCGCACCCCUCCCACAGCCUACCAGCGCCAUGUCCGCUACGGCAUCGUCGAGUUCAGCCCGCUCCUCGACUCCUCCUCCAUGAACGCCCAGGACUGGGCCGACAUCGCCAUCUCCGUCAAGGAGAACUACCACCUCUACGACGGCUUCGUCAUCCUCCACGGCACCGACUCCCUCGCCUACACCGCCUCCGCCCUCUCCUUCAUCAUGUCCAACCUCGGCAAGCCCGUCAUCCUCACCGGCUCCCAGGCCCCCAUCUUCGCCCUCCAGUCCGACGCCGUCGGCAACCUCCUCGGCUCCCUCAUCAUCGCGGGCACCUUCGUCAUCCCCGAGGUCGGCCUCUUCUUCCACCACAAGCUCUACCGCGGCAACCGCACCACAAAGGUCUCCGCCGCCUCCUUCGAGGCCUUCGCCAGCCCCAACUGCGAGCCCCUCGCCAAGGUCAACGGCCUGGGAAUCGAGGUCAACUGGCCCCUGACCUUCCGCCCGACCACCAUCGCCGAGUUCGACAUCCUCGCCAACAUCGACACCACCCACGUCGCCUGUCUCCGCGUCUUCCCGGGAAUCAAGCCCGAGAUGGUCGACGCCGUCCUCCGCCUCCCCGACCUCCGGGGGCUCAUCCUCGAGACCUUCGGCAUGGGCAACGUCCCCGGCGGCUCCGACGGCCAGCUCACCAGGGUCCUCCGCGAGGCCAUCGACCGCGGCGUCAUAAUCAUCAACGUCUCCCAGUGCGUCUCGGGUUUCGUCUCCCCCGUCUACGCCGCGGGGACCCAGCUCGGCCGCGCCGGCGUCAUCUUCGGUCUCGACCUCACCGUCGAGGCCGCCCUCACCAAGCUCUCCUACCUCCUCGCCCUCCCCAACCUCUCCAGGGACGACAUCACCGCCCACCUCUCCCGCUCCAUCCGCGGCGAGAUGACCGAGACCCCGCGCAUGACCUUCUCCCACCCGGGCAGCUCCAUCGACGACGCCGCCGCCAAGCUCUCCCCCGCCGAGGCCGCCUUCGCCGCCCUCGGCUACGCCAUCCAGCAGGACAACAUCGAGGCCGUCCUCGACCUCCUCGACGGCGAUGGCCGCAACCUCAUCAAGCAGGCCGACUACGCUGGUAACACUGCCAUUCACCUCGUCGCCGUCUCCGGCAACGCCGACAUCAUGCGUGCACUCCUCCAGCGUGGCGCCAGCGUCCACGAGCGUAACCGUGCGAAUAUCUCCCCGCUCCUGCUUGCGACCCUGUCAGGGAAUGAUGCUUGUGCUCAGUUGCUUAAGACUGCCGGUGCGCACAUGACAAGUGAAGAGCUUGAGAGAAAGCUGUCUAAUUGA